UCCAUUCCAAUUUCCAUCCAUUUGUGAGAAUUCAGAAUUGUGACUUGACUUGACUUUGCGAGUUGAGUUGUUGAGUUGUGGUGAUCAGAAAGUUGUUGUACUGUGAAGUGUUUGUCUCUCAACAAAAGGAAAAAUAUCCAACUACCAAAAAAGUAUAAAUUUUAUUUCGUGAUACUUUUUGCCUUCCCUGACUCAUUUUUCUGCAAUUAAAAUGGUUUCCACUCCAAUAACCAGUGAACAAUUGGACAAGUGGCGUAAGGAAUUCUAUAGUGAGCCAAAAAAUUUGCUCGCACAAAAUGUCUGCUCUCGAGGUGAUCCCUUUGAUGUGGCUUUGUCACGUCCAGUUUUGCAAAAUACCAAUCAUGUAUUCACCCAUAAGGUUGAGAGUGAGGGUAAGCCUAUUACAAACCAAAAAAGCUCAGGAAGGUGUUGGUUGUUUGCAGCACUGAAUUGCAUUCGUGUUCCAUUCAUGAAAUCCCUAACUCUCGAUGAGUUCGAGUUCUCCCAAGGUUAUCUAUUCUAUUGGGACAAGAUUGAGAGAUGUAACUAUUUCCUGAACAAUAUUGUGAAGACGGCAGAACGAGGUGAAAAUGUUGAUGGUCGCUUGGUAUCAUUUCUAUUGAAUGAUCCAACAUGUGAUGGUGGUCAGUGGGAUAUGUUAGUUAAUCUAAUCACAAAACAUGGCCUUAUGCCAAAGAAAUGCUUUCCAGAGAGCUACAGCUGCGAGGCCAGUAUGCGUAUGAAUGCCAUUCUCAAAAGUAAACUAAGAGAGUAUGCCAAAAAUUUACGAGAACUUCAUGCAUCAAGUCCAGCUGAAGGUGCCCUCGAGGCAGCUAUUCAAACAAUGAUGGGAGAAAUUUAUAAAAUUGUUGGCAUUUGUUUGGGAAUACCACCUCAGACGUUCACAUGGGAAUAUUAUGAUAAGAGUAAGAAUUUCCUCAGUGUUGGCCCAAUAACUCCACUCGAGUUUUAUAAUCAACGUGUUAAGCCAAUUUUUAAUGUUGAGGAUAAGGUUUGUCUUGUGACUGAUCCACGUCCCACAAGCAGUUAUGAUACCGCCUAUACAGUAGAUUGUUUGGGCAACGUUGUUGGUGGUCGUCCAGUUUUGUAUAACAAUCAACCAGUUGAACUUUUAAUGACAGUUGUAACAGAGAGUUUAAAGAAGGGUGAACCAGUUUGGUUUGGCUGUGAAGUAAGCAAGCGAUUUGCUUCUAAACAAGGCAUUGAAGAUCUUACGAUACAUGAUUUCAAAUUGGUGUUUGAUGUUGACAUCCAAAUCACUCUUCCCAAAGCAGAUCGUCUUCUGUAUGGCGAGUCAGCAAUGACUCAUGCUAUGGUCUUUACUGCUGUAUCUGUGGAUGCUAAAGGCAAUCCAACCAAAUUUCGCGUUGAAAACUCCUGGGGUGAAGAUCGUGGUGAAAAGGGAUAUCUUGUUAUGACGGCUGAUUGGUUCAAAGAAUUUGGAUUCGAAGUUGUUGUGGAUAAAAGUGUUGUUCCAAAGGAAACUCUUAAAGUAUUCGAUAUGAAACCAAUUGUGCUUCCAGCGUGGGAUCCCAUGGGAACCCUUGCUCAAUAAAUAAAAAAAAAAUCCAAAUUCAUCACAAGAAUAUUAACAUUUAAAAAAAUCAAUACAAGAAACUAUAAUUCUUUUAAAAUAAAACAAGUCAAGAAAAACCUGCAUUUCGCAUACUAAAAUUCAAUUGAAUGCCAUUUCUUUUUUUAUCGAUACAAAAAGAUGAUGUUAUUUAUGAAGAAGAAAUAAAUUAUAAAUUAAAAACAAAAUAUUUUAUACAAUUAUGUUGAUAGAAAGAAUAAAAAUUUAUUGAAUUAAUUUUUAAA